ACAUAUUCAUUAAACACAUCACAAUCUUUGUCUAUAUUUAUCUGUUAAUGACAGGUCGAACCCUAAACUGUGUGACCGUCUCCCUAGACCGACACCUGGAAUCCGUCUCUGCAGAUUCUCAUUGUUUCGAUUUUCACUUCAGGUUGCUGUUGUGUGUCAUUGGAGGCGGAUGAGAACUAAGCACAAAAAAGACAGAUCACAGAAUAACUGUAUAAUCCUGAGAUGACAAUGGCUGUUGUGUCUGCUUCCUCCCCCGGCCCCUGACACUGUGGUUUGCCACUGCUCAUUUAACCUGCUCAUGAAACUACUGCGACAUUUCUGAGAAAGAAAGUGAGUUACAUGAAUUCAGAGUGAGUGGCUCUGUUCACUCUUACACUCAGGUUAUCAUCUCUGUGGACUUUUCAUUCUAUAAACUCAUGGAAAUGUUGACAUGUUGGAUUUCACUACUGGGAUAUUUUGUGUUUACGCUCUUCACGGCAGACAACAGAGGUUCAGCAUGUGAAGCUCCAUCAAGUCUUGACUGCUUUAAGAAAAGUGUUAAUGAAACUGUUUAUAUAUGUGAAUGGAGCAUGAACACAACUGACAGGGACGUGAAAUUUGAUCUUCAUCUUGACACGUUCAGCUGCAAAAACAAUGAAAUCCGUGGAAUUAAGACGACCACGAAGUUGAUCGUGGAAGAAUGCGUAUUUAAACAUAAAGCUGCCAACAUUGCAGUGGUGGCCCAUGUGGGAAACUCCAGCUGCAGGUCGGCAGAAAGAUCUGUUGAACUCAUACACACAGUUAAAUAUGAUCCACCAUCAAACAUUACAGUGUCCUGGUCACUAAAUAACCUCAGUUUAAGCUGGAAGGCUGCAGAAGAAGCUCCGGCAUUAGCCGAGAUCCGGUAUCGCCAAGAUGGAAACCUCACAGAAUCAUGGGAAAAAAGAUUAAUAAAUACUACUCUGUUGAAAAAACACAGCUUUCAAGCAGUUCAUAAUUCACGCCCAGUUCCUAAAGAGGAAAAAUCUAAAAACAGAGUUAUCAUUGUAAAUCUAAGGAAACAUUCAGCUUACCAUGUUCAGAUCAGACAACGUCCCACUCAGGUCAAAAACCCACUGUGGAGUAAAUGGUCUCCAGCUGUGAUUGCUCCAGCAGAGCUUGAAUAUGCUCCUCAAGUAAACGUGACGACAAAACUUUUGAGCGGCACCAGAGAAGUCACACUAACCUGGAAGCCAAUGCCUGGUGCAGCAGCAGUCGUUACAUACAAACUGAAGUACACCCAGUUCUCUCAUGGACACCACUGUGCAGAGACUGCUACGAAGCCACGCCACAUCCACACCAAUAACUACACUGUUGUACUACAUGUGUCGUACGCUGCCAUCGAAAUCUCCAUCACUGCCAGGAAUGAAGCAGGCAGUUCACCUACUGCAGUCGUACAAGUCCCGGCCGUUCCAGUUCCAAAUUUACAACCUUGUGACCGAAAACCGAAGUUUAAAAAGAAACCUUGCAGGCAGUGGUUCGAAGUGUCAGACGACAACUUAGAAAAUGUUACAAUUUCAUCACAAAGCACAAAAGACAACAUAAAGGCAGUAAAGAAGGAUGAUCUAAAAGACUAUGUUGGAUAUAUUUACUAUGAGCACAUACGUGAUGGUGGGAAGCCCCGCACAGUAAAGACAUGCCUCUACUACAAGGACGAGGGAGAGCCACAUGGAACACCUCAGAAUUUUAGUGUCGUCAGUGAAACAGAGACCUCAGUUAACCUUUCCUGGAAACCAAUUGCUUCUGCAGACCAGCGAGGUUUCCUCACACACUACAGGCUGUGCAGUGUGAAAAUGAACUCAGACCAAUCCACUGAGUGCCAUAAUAUAUCAGCCACACUGACAAAAUAUCACUUGGAGAACUUGACGCCAGGAGCCAGAUACGACAUCAGUCUGGCUGGAGUGACAAAAGUGGGUGAAGGACCAAAAGCCAGUGCGACUGUCAAUACGUGGCCAGAGAAGCAUGAGAAUGUCUGGUGGGUUUUCGCCUUACUCUUUGGGUUAACCCUCAUCCCAACAAUAUGCACCAUCAUCCUGAAAAGAACCAGACACAAGAUCUGUCCUCCUGUGCCCAAACCAAUUAUUCCAUCUUUCUCCAGCCAUCAGGCUGAUGAUCAGCAGGAGAUGCAUGAGGGGAAAGAGGAGGUGCAUGAGCUCAUGGUGCUACAGCAUCCAGGUGAAAAGUCAGACCGCGACAAUGCAGAGGAAACCAUAGACCUCGGAGAAGAGUGGGAGACUGGAAUUGACAAAGAUGUAGAGGGUGACGGUGAAGGUUUAAAGAACGCUCAGGAGAUCAGUCGUGAAGAUCCUGGUUGCACUGAUCAGCUCCUGAGAAGAUCCACAGAAGGAGAAAUCACAGAUCUGGAACAGCUGGACAACGAGAUUGCCAUGCUGAUUUACAAGAAUGGUUUGGUCUUUGAUGUGAAAGCUGAUUUGUCUUAAAAGGGGAGUUGUGCAAUUAAAGUACUGUAUUCUAAAAUGAAGAGGAGACUAGCAUCACUCUAAAUAUAAAUGGGUGAUCAGAUACUAUUUAUUUAACCGUGAACUCAGUAUUGGUCAGUGAACAAUCAAGCGUAACACAGAGAAGUGUUCCAGUGGCUAGAAAACUUCAGCAGCGAAAAUGUGUUUCUGUGACAGGUAAAUGUCACAGGAAGUGGUCACAACACAGAAACAAGGGCAUUUCGCCAAAUCACUUGUGAACGGCGACAGGAUAGAUGAGUCAUAGGCAAAUCGACUUCUAAGGGUUUUAAUGAGAACACUGGUUAAACCAGGACAUGCUGAUGGGACACAAUUUUCCACUCUUCUGUUGGUUUGUAUCUGUGAUGUAGUAAACAACAGUCCAAUCAGCAACAAAGCCACUGAUUUCAACUUCAACACAGUGAGAUUAACAUCUAACAUCCUGGUCAAAGGAUUGUUGAACAAUAGUAUUUUUAGGUUUUAAAAACCCUAUUGAUCAUAUAUUUUUAAAUUAAUUGAAUAAAAAGGGUUAAUAUUAAAUUUAGGUUGUUUGAUUUAAGUUACGGUAAAAAAAACUAAGGAGGUGACUGUAAUAAAAUAUAGAUGACUGACAAUAUGUUAUGUUAUUGUUAUUUUUAUUUUUUUUGUUUUUGUUUCACUGAAUCUAAAUUUGUAUCCAAAAUAAAGAGUUAUUAGGCCUGGCAAAAAAAAAUAAAUCCCCUCUAAUCCUAAAAGAUAAAGGGAUAAAAGGAAACAUAUCCAAAUCUACUGCGAUAUGAUCCAGAAUAGAAAAGAUAAAAGGAGGGCAUUUAUGGUACCAACUGCCAAAAAGCUGACAGUCAACGAACAUUACACAUGGAAAGUGCCAGAAUGAGACACCAAAAUGAAGAACCGAAACAUCUGAGCAGACAAAGAGGAAGGACUAAAAAUAGAGGUGUAAUGCCACACAAUGAACAAACACGAUUUACCAGUUAAUACCUAGUGUGGGGAAUGAGGGAGAAAAUCAAAGACAAAUCCACAAGAGGGCAGUAAUACCAUACCACGAGAAACCAAAAA